CUCGGAGGAGGGUGUGUUUACAUUGACGUCAAAGCAGUUUGCCGAGAGGAUACAAUUCUGAUACAUCGGCAUCAUGUUCCAUGGGAUACCAGUUACAGGAGGUGUAGGGGGAGCUCCAGCCAAUAAACCUGAGUUAUAUGAGGAAGUGAAAUUAUACAAAAAUGCAAGGGAACGAGAGAAGUAUGAUAACAUGGCAGAGUUGUUUGCUGUUGUCAAGACCCUGCAAGCCCUGGAGAAGGCUUACAUCAAAGACUGUGUAACACCUAAUGAGUACACUGCUUCCUGUUCCAGACUCUUGGUUCAGUAUAAGGCUGCUUUCAAACAGGUACAGGGCUCUGACGUGGGCUCCAUCGACGACUUCUGCAGGAAGUACAGACUUGAUUGCCCACUAGCCAUGGAAAGGAUUAAGGAGGAUCGGCCAAUCACCAUCAAGGAUGACAAGGGCAAUCUGAACCGCUGCAUUGCAGAUAUUGUUUCUCUCUUCAUCACUGUGAUGGACAAGCUGAGACUGGAGAUCAGGGCAAUGGACGAGAUCCAGCCAGACCUGAGGGAGCUGAUGGAAACCAUGAACAGAAUGAGCAACAUGCCUCCAGACUCAGAGGCUAAGGACAAAGUCAGCCUCUGGUUGACCACCCUCAGCAGCAUGUCGGCCUCAGACGAAUUGGAUGAUAAUCAGGUGCGCCAGAUGCUGUUUGACCUUGAGUCGGCCUACAACGCCUUCAACCGCUUCCUCCACUCCUCUUAAAGCAUCCCUCCAUUAUAAAUCCAUGUGUCUGAAAUUGUGACUCUAAUACCUAUUAAGUUAAAAAAAAAAAAAAGCUCCACUUUCUCCUCAUGUUUAUUGGUCGGAAGUGGAUUUAAGUCUGGGGACAGGGUCUCUCUUUCCUGCUUCUCCUUUCUGUCUCUACAUUUGUUCCCUGUGUCUUUAUCCAUGUUGUGUACAAUUCAAAGUUCACCACCUUGUAGCGUAUACUCCACUGUUUGUGGUACAUCGUGCUGCUUGCAGCCUUGCCCGCCGGGCUCUUCCUGUGCUGUGAGAUGCUCCAUUGGCCUGUUUUCUAGCCAAACCUGUGUGAUGAAUCCUUUAACACUGGCUCUUUAUUCUGAUCUUGACAAAACAAUUUACUUCUAACUUUGUACUGUAAUUUCAAAAAAUGUCUAAUUUUAUACUUAAGUUUUGCAGAGCACCAACAGAGAAGCAUGAAUCAAUUAUAUUGGGCAAAUUCUGCACAUGAAGAAAAGGUUGCAACAGCCAAAGCCUUUGUAUUAUUGGAAAGAUGAAUAUAUAUAUUUUUUCUUUUUGGUACCCUAAAACUAUCUGCCGCCUGGAGACAUGUUUUGUUCUGUGUACCGUGAUUGUUUUCUAUUACACAAGUUUUUACUGUAGAAGCCUACAAUAGACUUUGUCAAUAGAGUGAAUUAAGCUGACAUACGUAACAUCUGCUCUGUCUGUCAAUUAACUGAUAAAAUGAAGCUGAAAUAUUUGUUUGGACUCUGAAGAUGAUUAGACUGCACUUCAAAUUAAUCUUUAUAUUGAAGCUAUGGUAGGAGGAAAUGGUUUAUGUUCAUCAUUUUGUCUAUUUGUAUACGUUUGGUCUUCUGUUAACAUGCUUAAUCCAUAUUUCCUUUAGAAGUGAGGGUUUGGCCACAUUAAGUGGGCAAAAGAGAGGUGGUCGCACCCCCUCCUUGUUUUGCUUACUAAAUAUGUUUCAACUCUCAAACAGCAUUAGGGAGAACAUAUUUAUUAAGAAUUAUCAUUGUAAAUAAUAGUUUGAUUUUUAAAUAAAAGCAUGUAACAUCUUUUUAGAAAUAAAGUUUAAAAAUCUAUCUCCA